AUGGCUCUCUCAAACAAAGGCGACAGCAUCAUCGUAUUCACCCUCGUAACAUUCUUCUCUACAUUCUUCAUUUUCUUUCUACUCUACGUUCCCCGCUGGAUCUACCUCAGUUUAAAAGUCCACAAAAAAAUACCACCUAUUCGUAGCGAAAUGAAACAAUGGUUUGAACGAGGUGUUGAAGCUACCUAUUUAUCAAUGGGAAGAAGAAAGAGAGUAGGAAAUGAUACUCGUAGGGCGAGGAUUGAAGAUGGGUUUCGGGAUAUUGAGUUGGGGGAUAUAUCGAGGGAUGCAUUGGGGGGAAAGAUUCGAGGAAGAGGGAGAGUAGUUGUGGCUUUGCCGCAAAGGGCGGUGGUUUCGGGUGAGAGAUUGCCGGGACAGAUAUAA